AUGGAAGCUGCCAGAGAGGACCCUAUGGUGUUCAGCGCCCAUGCCCUACCCAGCGACCCCAGGCUCUGGCCCCCUGUGACCAACGCGCACCUGGGCACACGCGUGUACCAUGACGUAAUCCACAUGAGUGGCCUGUACAACGGGACUCAAGGGGACACGCACCGGGCCGUUCUGCCCAGUCCACUCAAUGUGCGGAUGGAGGCCCCCCCAGGGUCAGCGGAGCCACUAACGGAGACCUUCACCCUGGACACUCGCACAGGCUGCUUCACACACACCCUGGAGGGCCCCAGCUCCCGGGCCACCCAGUGCAUCUACGCCCACCGCACACUGCCACACGUCCUGGUCUUCAGCGUGUCCAUCGCCCGUGCGGCCCCUGGCACCCAUCCGGUCUCCGUGGUGUUGCAAUCAGCUUUCUCCCCGGAGAGCCCUGACCUGGACCUGCACUUGGGUCCUGAGUUCCAGGGAGCCCGGUACCUGUGGGGCCGCACACUGGCCCCUGAGCAGCCCGGAGGAGUACCCCAGGAGGUGCACAUGCUGUGGAUGCCACCACCACCUGCCCUGACCCUGGAGGCAGACGAGGAAGCCAGGACCUGGGACUUCCUGACUGUGGUGGGCAGCACCCAGGCUGAAGUCCAGGCUUGCCUGGCUGAGGCCCAGCAGCUUCAGGCCAGGGGUGCCCUGUACACGGCGCACACGCAGGCCUGGACCCAGCUCUGGGCGAGCUGCGGCCUGGACGUGGAGGGGCCCCUGGGCCUGCGACAGGCCCUGUGCAGCUCCCUCUACUACCUGCUCAGCGCCCUGCCCCCGCCCGGGACCCCAGGAUUUGUCUGUCAUGGCCUCAGCCCUGGGGGCCUCUCCAACGGGAGCCGGGACGAAUGCUACUGGGGCCACAUUUUCUGGGACCAGGACCUCUGGAUGUUCCCGGUCGUCCUGCUCUUCCACCCUGAGGCCGCAAGGGCCAUCCUGCAGUACCGUGUCCGGACGCUGGGCGGAGCUCUGCAGAAUGCUCGGAAUCUAGGCUACCAGGGGGCCAAGUUUGCCUGGGAGAGUGCUGGCUCUGGUCUAGAAGUCUGUCCUGAGGACAUCUAUGGUGUUCAGGAGCUCCACAUCAACGGGGCUGUGCUACUGGCCUUCGAGCUGUACUACCAUGCCACGCAGGACCUGCAGCUGUUCCAGGAAGGUGGCUGGGACGUGAUCCAGGCUGUGGCGGAGUUCUGGUGCAGCCGUGUGGAGUGGAGCCCUGUGGAGCAGAAGUACCACCUAAGGGAUGUCAUGCCCCCAGACGAGUAUCACACAGGCGUCAACAAUUCGGUGUACACCAACGCCCUGGUCCGGAACAGCCUGUACUUUGCUGCUGUCCUGGCCCGGGACCUGGCCCUCCCUGUUCCCAACCGAUGGCUGCAGGUGGCUGAUGGCAUCAAGCUGCCCUUUGACCCCGAGCGGAAGUUCCACCCAGAGUUUGAGGGGUAUGAGCUUGGAGAGGAGGUAAAGCAGGCAGAUGUGGUACUCCUGGGGUACCCGGUCCCCUUCCCGCUGAGUCCCCACACCCGCCGGAGGAACCUGGAAGUGUAUGAGCCCGUGACGUCCCCCCAGGGUCCUGCCAUGACCUGGAGCAUGUUUGCUGUGGGCUGGAUGGAGCUGAAGGAGCCAACACGGGCGUGGGGCCUACUGGAGCGGAGCUUCACCAACGUCACGGAGCCCUUCAAGGUGUGGACAGAGAACUCAGAUGGCUCCGGGGCCGUGAACUUCCUGACGGGUGCUGGCGGCUUCCUGCAGGCCAUGCUGUUUGGGUGCACAGGCUUCAGGCUCACCCUAGCAGGCCUAAGCUUUGAUCCUGUGAACCUGCCCGACAUCUCUGGCGUGAGCAUCUUGGGUGUUUUCCUCCAGGGCAGCAGACUGGACUUCUGCUUCUCCAGGGACUGUGUGGCAGUCAAGGUCACAGUCCCCACAGGGCCCCCAGGUCCCAGCCUGGAGGUGGAGCUGUGGCCAUCUGGGUUGCGGCUCCCCCUGCCGCCAGGUAGGCCCUGCCUCCCCAGGGGUCUCCCACACCCCUGCCACUUGUGCUGUCACCCCAGGACACCCUCUUCCUGCAGGACACAAGGUCUCCUUCCCUCUAUCAGCUGGCCGGAUACAGAGGAUCCCGUUGUAGCUGCCAGAAGAUGGCCAAGCUCCCCAGGCCACCACCAGUACCAGGGCCAUGUGGCGCCCCUGAGCCCAGCACCCAUCCUCUUCUUGUGUCCCUGACACACCCCUGGCCCCAGCACCCUCACCCCCUCCUGGGCUGCCCUGCCAGUUCCUGAUCUCUGGCCUUGCCCCAGCCCAUGCCGUGGGGUUGGGGCUAGCCUGCCAGGUAGAUGGAGGGAGGACCUCAGCCAUCCCAAGUUCCCUGGGGCCAUCAACAGUGGCCAGCAUAGACAAACAUGGGCAGUGGACCUUGGGGCCUCCCUAACCACCAGGCAAGAUAUUCCCAGAGUCAAGCCACAGGCAGGAAGCCCAUGGCAGGACACAGCAGCCCUUGGCAGGACAGUGCCCAGCUCCCAUGUUGGGGCCUGCAUGUUUUCCCAAGGAUGAGAGGAGCCGCCCAUGGGUGCGGGGCUGAAGGUUUAAAGUUAGUGCUGGGAGGGGCUGGUGUAAACCCAUUUACCAUGUUGCUUGGAGUCAGGCAGGAAGCCCCUAGAAACCAGAGCAGCUGUUGCCUCCCACACACACUCCCCAUCACUGUUCAUCCUGCAGUCAGUGCCUGUAGGGGCAAGGACAACUAGCCAGGCACCACCAACAUGUCCGUAGCAAAGCUGGAGGCUUCAAAUGUGUGGAGGCCUCGGCCACCCAUGGCUAACACGUGCAGGAAUGGCUUUAUGCUUCCUGAGCUCAGCCUCACAGCAUGAGGCCAAUGCAACCCAGCCACAGACCUGCAGGGCCAUGUACCGGGCACCCCAGGUCCUG